UACGCGCAUCUGGUCAUGAAAUUCAUGCUGCUUCCCAUCAUAGCACUAUUUAUAUGGUUUCACAGCACUGCCUGGGCCUCCCAGAAAUGUCCGUCGUGGAGACCUCCUGGGAACGACGACGUGCGAUCGCCAUGUCCCCUUCUCAAUAGCCUAGCGAACCACAACUUCAUUCCCCACAAUGGAAGAAAUCUUACUGUCCCGUUGGUCGUCAACGUACUCAACGAGACUCUAAAUAUCAGCCCCGAGAUUAGCGAAUUCUUCGCCUCGGCUGGUCUCAGCCUCGCAUCUGAUCCAUCGCUUGGUCACUUCCAGCUAGACGAUCUCAAUAAACACAACGCUAUCGAACAUGACGCAUCGCUGUCUCGUGUGGAUUUUCACUUUGUCGGGAAAGAAGGAGUCGCGAGGUUCAAUUACGCAACGUUCAAACGCUGGUUUUCGCACUUCCAUGGGCAGGAGUUUAUCGAUAUUGAGAGUGCGGCAAGGGCACGAUUCGCCAUGAUCCAGCAUUCGAAAAAGUACAAUCCAGAGUUCACCUAUGCCGACACGCAACGGCUCGCAAGUUAUGUUGAGACAAGUCUUUACUUUAAGACUAUGGUCGACGAAUGGGGCCGCACCAGGAAAGACUUUGUGAGGGUCCUGUUUGAGGAGGAGAGGUUACCCUUUACCGAAGGCUGGCGGAGACCUACAAUGCAAUUCGACGGUUUGGCACAAACUGACACCGUACUGCAAUUAGCCUUGGCGACCCCUGAGAAGACAAUUUGGACUGGUGGAGAGUUACAAGGAGAAGCGAGCGAUGGUAGCGUCAUCUAUUCAGUAGGGCCGGUUUUCCAUGUUCAGAGUCACAUCGAUCGAGCGCAACAGAUUUGAAUACGAAGCAGUGCACGAUCAGGUAGCUAAUGGUCAUUACUAAUUCACGGAAGCCUCUACCCAGGUGCCAUUAACUCGAACGAUUGUACCAAGAUGUCCAAUGCAUGUACGUUAUUGUGACUUGCAAAAGUUUUUGUACCUCCUUUCCAUGGAUCAAAGCGACUUCUCUAUAUAGUUCUAGC